AUGUCCGACAAAAAGUAUUCUCUUGAUUUCACCAACUUUGAUAAUGUCCCUCCUAAAAAUUUAUUUCUCAAGAAACAACGUUCACAAGAGUCAAAUCCCUUAUCUAAUACAGAAUUGUUCAUGGAUGAUUUGAAAAUCGAAUCUUCUAAACGGAAAAAGCCAAGGUCUUUUAAUUCGUUUCUAUCGAUUGCAAAUCGAUCGUCAAAUGAUGGAAGUUCAAGGAAUUCAAUAAGCUCCAUUAAAUCCGCUAUUAGUAAUAUUCUUGGAUUUAAAAGUAGAAGAACGCAGGAACAACAACCCCCUAUAGAUUUAGAAUUCGAAGUUAAUAAAGAAAGAUUCGCUUCUCAUGUUGCCAUAAGUCCUGAUGGUCAAUAUAUUUGUACCUUUGAUUAUAAAAAGCUCGAAUUCAAUAUUUUCCAUUCGAUUACGGGCAUUAGUUAUUCGGAUGACAUUGUAGACCCUACGUAUAAAUUCGUAAAGAUUCCGAAUCUAAAUGCAUCAAAUGAUCAAUUGAAUCCUUAUAAAAUUGACACGAGUGAACUAUAUGAAUACGCGUCAAUUGGAAGAUUACGAGAAGAAUUGAGAAAGACUUCAAGUUCUGAACAACAACCAAAUUUAAACGUUCCAAAAUCAGAAAAUUAUUUGAAUGUUCCAAAUUAUUUAAACGAGAAAUCUAAUGGAAUUAGUUUAGAAAAUAUAACAAUGAAACAAAGCCAAGAAAAAUAUGAAGUAGAAUUAUCUAGAAUAUUUCCAUCAUGGUCUCUAUCAAUAUCAAAUAUAAUGGAACAUCAAGGUGAACACGUGAUAUUUGUCGCAGUAUCAGCUAUUAUUGAAACAGACAUGAAGAAAAAAAGGACAGCCGAAGAAGAUGAAGUAGUUAGAAUACUUAAUCCAAAUUUAAACAGAUAUAAUAGUGAUGAAUAUGCAAAUUUCAACAACAGGAUUCCGGAAAGUGUAUCCGAUGAUCCUCCCGAUUUUGAAGAAAUUGUAGUGCCCAAGUUUGACAAGGCCGAAGGUAGAACGGAAAUAUAUCGGAUCGUUUUUGAUAAAUGUAAUCACGAUUUAAUUCAAAAGCCUGGUGUUGUUAAGGAAUUCAUUUGUCACAAUCUUGGCGGAAUUAUAAUGUUUGUGGAAGAAGGAUCUGACGUUCAAGAUUUUCAAAGUUUUGAACAGGAUUAUUAUUUGACUAAAAUGUUGGCAACAAGUUGCAUCAUAAUUAACGCUGAAGGAAUUUUUAAGGUUAAUUAUUUUGAAAAACGCGGAGAAAAGCUCGCUUUUAAUUCGAAAUUCAGUGUAGAAAGAUUUUCUUUUCCUAAAAGAUUGGAAAAAGAAUUAAAAGCUUGGUAUAAAUCAAAACAUUGUUUGGAUCGUCUGUUGUCAUGUAUUUAUCAUCAUUAUUUCUUUGUAGACCAAUAUAAAGACGGAGUUCAUACGAUAGAAAUGUACAAUCUUUCAACGAUGGAACAAAUGCAAAUUUUUAUAAAUCGACAUGAAGAGAGUGUACAACAUACCGCAAGUCAUAUAUCAUCCGUAUUCGCGGUUUCACAAAAUAAACAAUUGGUCGCUUGUAGUAACGGCGAAAAAUCUGUAACACUGUUUUGGAUCGAAAAUGGCCUUGAUAUAGGUACAAUAGAACUUGGGAUUGAGACGCGAAUUCUUUUUUUGGAAUUUAUUGAUAAAGAUGAGAAAUUACUUAUCAUUACCGAAGAAGAAGUAUGUUUGGAUAUCAAAGAAGAAUCCAAAGCCACGAAUGGUGAGAAUCCCAUCGCGUUAACUGUAAUUGUAGAAGAGGAUGUGGAUGACUCAGAUAGCAAAGGUAAACAACAAAUACCGAUUGAAAAAGAAAAGUUAUUACCCGAGGAAAAACAUGUGAUGAAAAAUGAGAAAGAAAAAAUAGAAAAGGACAUUAAUAUUGAAAGACCAAAGAUAACUAGGAAAAAAAGCUCAUAUUAUAACGAUGUCGAGCCUAAUAGGGUGACAAAAGUUAAAAUAUGGGAUUUGUUUAGUUCAUCGGACGAUGCUGUUCGUACCGGAAUGUCGGGUGAUUUAUUUCCAUCAAAAGACAAUUAUCAUUCUCAUAUGGCACGAAUCCCUAGUAAACUUUAUCGUAUGAAAGAUGAUGGUAGCUUGUUUUCGAUUAUUGAACAUGACGGAUUUGUAAAUCUUGUAAAUGGAGUAGAAACAGAUGCAACGAUUUUGUUCGGCUGUACUAUAUUUCAAGCAUUCGAAACUACGCCAGAUCAGGAAGAAAAUAUGCCAUACGUAUAUUCUAAGCAUGAAGAAGAUACAAAAUUACACAAGAUAUUUCGUCGUAAGAUGCCAAGUGAUGUUCAUAAAGCUAUAGUUGACAAUAAGGAACCAUGGGUUGAUAUAAAUAACUAUCGUCGCAUUUCAGCAUACCUUGACGCGGAUGAAACGAUACAGCUUAUAAUUGGACAUAGCACAGUGCAAGUUUGGCGAAACUUACCAAGACAGAAAAAAGAUAAAAAAGAGGGGUUCAAUCUACCAAAGAAAGAACCCGUCCUUGAAUAUAUUUGGGCAAAUAACAUUCCAACAGAGCAUGAUACCGAAGAUUCAAGGUUACAAUUACAAGAAUUAUGGGUUGGCGAUUAUGCAUUUUCUCUUACGGUUUCUUGGCAAUAUUGGGAGGGGGGAAUAGUGACGAGCUAUUAUAAGAGACUUUCGUUUCCUUGCAAAGACGGUCAUGUAACUCCUGUUUUACAUGCUUGCGAAACCCUUGAGCAUUUGAAUAAACGAAAUAACAAAAUAAUAGAUUACAAAAAAAUGGUAGAAUUUGAACAGAUUGUCGAAAAAACAAGUAGAAUUGUAUGGAGAUUCAUAAAGAAAAAGCCAAAGAUCUUUAAGAUGAUGGAUGUUCGAUAUAACGUGUUGUCCAGUUUAAUACGAGGGGGUUGUUAUUAUUUAGUAAAGACUGCUCUUUUUGGCGAUAUGACGUUAGAAGAGCUUAAAGCCGAGAAAAAGAAUUCAAAGAAAUUGAAGAAAGAUGAUGAUGUUAAAAAUAGUACUCAUAAAUAUAAGCAUAUAUUACAUAUUCCAAGGUCCAAGGAAUGGAUUAGCGAUAUUUCACCACCCAAAGGAAAUAAACCCGAAUAUAAUAAGAAAUCUUCUGGUUUUUAUCAUCGGUUUAUCUCAUUUUUAUCUGAAAUAAUUGUUUGGUUUUAUAUGUUGAUAAAAUGUAAAAAGAAAAGGAACAAUAAUGGAAUCGAAGAGCAAUCAAAGACGAAGAUAAGAAUGCCAACUACUGAUUUAGAAUGGGCAAUUGAAUACUGUAAAGGCAGAGAAAGAAAAGAUGCAAUUAUGGUCGGUUAUUUGCUAGAAUAUUAUUCUGAAAAUGCAUUACAUCAUAUUGGCUGGAUGAUAACAAUUUCAAAAGCAUUACCGUUACUGUAUAGAUACAAUUUAGAUUACUAUGUAAAAGCAUUAUUUUAUAAAGAAUGCUUUGCUGACAAGGAGCUUGGAACAGAGUAUGAUGCCUCCGAAAUAAUUCCUGAACAUAGCAAACCAAGGAGAAAUAAAAUACAAGAUUUUAAAGCUUUUAAACCGAAUACUACACUAGUUUCAGAUAAAAAUCAUAAGCCAACACUCCAAGUCAUAUUUGAAUUUAUCACUGUUAAGUUACCAAGAUAUUACACAGAUUUUGUUGAUAACUUUGAUAAUGAUCUUGCGCCUCCUCCUAUAGCAUUAAGGGUCGUUCCGUUGCCGAAUUUUACAGUUCAUAAUAUUCCAAAAGCUCGCGUCAGUUAUGAUUGGAAAUCAAAUUUAUUAAGACUUUUAAAAAUAUUAAUUAUUCCUAGAGGUUAUGUAAUAGGCAGAGAGGAUAAAAGAUUAUUAAGUCCAUUUGUUCAAGUAGUUAGGUAUGAAAAAGACAAUGAUAUUUUUGAUAAUCCUGCAAUGGAAGCAAUUAUAGAUUUUAGAUGGCGGCCAGCAAGAAAUUACUUUUUACAAAUAUUUCUUGCAUUCAUAGCAUACGCAAUUUGUUUUGGUGUAAUAAGUUGGGCUUAUAUGUCAAAACUCGAAACUACGGGACAUAUUAAAGGGUUACUGAUCGCUGUAAUAGCGUGUUUUUAUUAUUUGGCUUAUUAUUUAAUAGCUGUCGAAGUUUUGCAGGCAUUGCAUCAUGGUUUUAGAGAAUCUUUAAGUGUUAGUAAUAUGUUUGAUAUAAUUUCAAUUAUUACUCCUUGCAUAGUUAUGUCAAUCUUCGUUGCAAGUUCAUUGAAGCCGAAUGGGUUUGUAGAAGUUGAAACCAGCACUGGGGUUGUCACCGGAAUUUCCUUUACAAUGUUAUUACUUUGGUGUGAAUUGCUUUUAUAUUUAAGAUUAUUAUCAGUUUUCUUAUUAUUAUCAAAUCCAGAUAUAAAUGUAAUCAAACCAAAACUAGAAGAUUUUAAUUUAUUAAAUGCAGACGAUACGCUGACAGGGUUUAAAAUGGAAACGAUUUUUGAUCCAACGUCAAGUGAUGAUAAUCCGUUCGCAAGUUUUUUAUCAUCGGUUCAAGCGGCAUAUUUUUGGAUUAAUGGUUAUUGGAGUCAGAAGGAUGAUUUUGAUUAUUGGGCCAUUGAAAUAUUGUCAUUAUUUGCAAGUCUUUUAUUGGUUACCGUAUUGCAAAACAUGCUGAUUGCUUUUAUGGGCGGUGUGUAUGAAGAAGCGGCAGAGAAAGGAAGAGAUGCAUUGUUAAGGUACAGAGCAACGCUCAUCUCAGAUUAUGAAGCGUUAGAGGAUGUAAGAUUUUGGCCACCGGAACCAGAUCCGGAAUAUAUAUUUUAUGUAGGACAUUCGAGAAGUUUUGAGGAUUGGUCAGAGGGAAGGAAGGAUUUUAGAGGGUGCAUGUAUCAAAGAUAUGAGAAUAGGGCAUCAUAUAAAAAGUAUAAAUUUAAGGAGGAUCCAAGUGACAAAUUUUCUUUAUUGAAAUAUAAAAUGGAUAAGAAGUGCAAUACUUCAUCAAUAACUUCUGCUCCUUCUAUGCCGAACGAGCUUGGUAUUACUAUACCUUUGGAUGAAAGCUUUAAAGAAUUUCAACAGAGUUUAAAUAAUAGAUUGGCCAACACGGAUCAAAAGAUCGAUACCAAAAUAGUUGAAUUACAAACAAACAUGCAGGAAAUGUUUAUAGAAAUUAUGGAAAAAUUAGAAAAGAUUGAAAAUAAACGAGAGUCAUAG